AUGUCCGAUGGUGCGUUGGAAGACAUUAAAUCCACCGAAAAACAAUCCCCAAAGCCAAAACAGAAUGGUGAUACAUUUAAAACAGAACCGUCUAGAACUAGCUUUGAGGUGGGUAGAAGACAGACGAGAAAAAAAUGUAAUUUGAUGGUUUUUAUUUCUACCGACAAGAGACUGGAGACUAACACACCUAUUUAUUUAGCUAAUGGACUUCAGAUUCCGUUCAGGAAUUUGUACGAUGAAAACCUGCGACAAUCAGUAAAUGUGGCAAAAAAAGAAUUCACAAUUGUCGAAGGAAUGGGCUCUGUUUCUGUGCAAAUAAAUCGUAUCGAGAAAGGUUGA